AUGAAUAUCAUUCGCAAGUUUAGUGUUUCGACACCGGCAAGAAACACAUCCGCGUUUUCAGCCACCGAAAAACGGAUCCACAACCGCUACGAUCAGUUCCUGAAACUAACCGGCGACAAAGUCGGUUUGCAGGUGCAACAGGGCAGCCAUGAGAGUGUCAUAGCGAUAUAUUUUCUGGAUAUAUUGAGCCGGCGAGGGUUCCGUCGCGAGACAGACAAAGUGACGCGGACAGACAAGCUCAGAUUGGGAGAAAUACUCCCAGAACCACCAGCGAAAUACACAAAGGCAUCAAUAAACAAGUAUGUGACAUCAGUGUCAGAACUAGACUUCCGGCGAUAUCCCAGCCUAAUGCCUCAUAUUUGUAAAAUCUACAACACAGUGACCAAUUCACCGGAUCUGAAGCGGCUUUCUUUCAAGCGAAUUAUCCGUUUUUUUGCCAAAACAUACAAAACGCUCGAGUGCUUUGAGGUCAGAGACAAAAUGAUCAAAAUGGGCCACAAGCCCGACACAGAGGUAAUGAAUUUGCUUCUGGAGACAACGCUACAAAAACACCAUCCCAACAGAAUCGCAAAUGUGCUGGAGAACUUGCAAAUAAUGGACAAAUACCAUCUUUUGCCUAACGCAACAACGUUUCAUGUCAUGUUUCGGGGGCUCAGGGACCGGGAUCUCAAAAGAGCGAUAUGCAGAAAAAUGGAGACGCUAAAGAUAGAUAUGCAACCCGUGCAAGAUGAGCUUUUUGAGUAUCUGUCGCUGGACAAUAGAGAUCUGAGUGAAAUUCGAACGGCGAUGCAGGAUCACGGAGUUCGGACAACAAGCGUUGCGAUGACCACCAAGGCGGUCAAGGAGUUGCUGGCCAGGGGCGAAGUCAACGAGGCUUGGCAGUUGACGCUAGAUACUGCGCAAGCAAACGAAAAAUCGAGUCCUAGUUUUCGAGUUGUCCGCAACCUUCUCUGGCAUUUUAUUUUAACGGGUGAGAUCUACUUUGCUGUUGCUCUAACAAAUUUUCUCAAAAGAAAAUUUCCCGAUUACGAGGACCUAGAAAACUGGAAGAUAUUGGUCCAGGGCAUGGUGUACGUGAACCAGUCCGAGCACUGGGACCUGCUUGCCAAAAAACUGUACCAGUUGAACUACAAGGCGGCUAAGCUCAGCAAGCAGAGCAUAUAUUUUGAUGCCGAGGAAAUUGCCAAAAUUAAUGCCGCGUCGGCCGACCCCAAAUUCGACAUUCGCGAGCCGUUCACCAAUAACAUACAGCAACUUGUUAUGGACGAGAUUUUUCGGCGAUUAAUCUGGCAGGAAAACCCGGAGUUUGACUUGGAAAAGAACAAUCCGAAUUUCAAAGAGGCUGCAAGGCUGCUGAUACAAUAA